UCACAUAUUUUAGUGAAGAAUUUAUUCCCCUAUGCUUUUGGAAGGCCAAGUCCAUGACAUUUUUAGCUCUUGGCCUCACUAUAACAGUUGGUGUCCAGGAAGAAUAAAGGAAGAAGGGAGAGGAGAUGGGAGAAGAAUGGGGAAAAUGGGAAAAGGCCGACGGUUGUGUGGUAUGGGUGUGGUCAUGUAGCACUAAUGUUUACACUCGAUAGAAAACCGUGACUUCACUUUCCUCAUCUUUCAAGAUAAAGACACCAGAUGGUUACUCCUGGGGCCACCUCAGUCCCUGCAGGCUUUCUCAUGCCUGGGGUUUGAACAGUCAUGUGCAGAAGUUGUUUGAGAGUCUGGAGGUGAGCAGGAGCUUGGGCAGUCAAACCUGGUAGAGACCUUGAGCUUGCAGCCUUGGAUCUGCCCCUGUGAACUGGGUGAGGACAGGUCAGGAAAGUGUGAAGAUGGCUGCUGUCCCCUGAGAACCUUACUCCAAGGCCCAUGAGAAGGGCUUUUAAUUUCCUUCCCCUUCAAACUGGUCUCUUUUCCUGGCCCAUGCAGAGCUUGGAUGAGUGAAUACCUCACCUCCCUGGAGGUCAGCAUGGCAGCUGGCAGUCAAUCUCCAGGAAGUGAGGUUGGAGGGAAUUUCUUGCAGCCUGAACCCAAAGUCCAUGGGCAGGUCUGCACUGAUGUAGCCUCUGUGGUAAAUCCUGCAUCCUUCCUUUGGGAUGGAGGGUCCUCACGUAGAGGUUGGGGCCUGCAAAGGGGCACAGGGAAGCUGCAGGGACCUCUGUGCCUACCCUCCCUGCUGAGUCCAUUCUCAUAGCCAGGGUGAUGUGUUUACAGCCUAGAUAUGACUCCUCACUACCCUGUUCCAUGGUUCACCCCCACCCCUGGGGUACCUAUGGCAGCUGAACACUGGAAGUCCUGGCCAGGGCCUGUGGAGUCCUGUGGGGCCUGGUUCUCUCUGGCUCUGCUCUGCUCUCUUGUCCUCAUUGCACCUGUAGCCUCGCUGAUCUCCUUGCCGUUCUGCAGAUGUCGAAUCCCUUCAGUGUCCGGGCCGUGUGCCUGUGGUUCUUUCUGUCUGCCUGCGACAGCUUGUCUCCAGCUGUCUGCAGGGCUCUUUCUCUCGCCUCCUUCAGGUCUCCCACCCUGUGAGCCUUCUCUCACCAUUCUGUCCAAAAUAGCAGCCCUAGCUCUACCCCUUUGUUGCAUUCUGUCCCUUAUCUGGGAUGGCAUUCAUUGCUACCUGACACCAUCCUGCAUAGCUACUUGUCUGUUGAUUUGUUGUCUGACUCCUCCAGUUAGAACUAAAAUACUGUGCAAGGUGGGAGUGGAGUUUACCCAUCGCCAGCCCCUGGGCAGCACCUGCUCACUGUCUGUGCUCAAAUGCAAGUACAGAGAGUCUCCCACUUAGCGUGGUUCAACGUAAGAUGGUGUAAAAGCCAGAUACAUUCUGUAGAAACUGUACUUUCAGUACCCAUACUGUCACUCUGUUUUUCACUUUCAGUCCAGUAGUCAAUAAAUUAUAUGAGCUAUUUAAUACUUUAUUAUAAAAUAGGCUUUGUGUUAGAUGACUUUUUUCCCAACUAUAGGCUAAUGUAAAUGUUCUGAGCAUGUUUAAGGUAGGCUAGGCUACACUACGAUGUUUGGUAGGUUAGGUGUAUUAAAUGCAUUUUUGACUUAUGACAUUUUUAACUCAUGAUGGGUUUAUUGGGAUGUAACCUGAUUGUAAGUCGAGGAGCACCUAUAUCACUCACCAUCCAUUUGGUUCCUAUGUCCACAGGGCCAGAGAGUAUCAAGAGUUUCCAUGUUUUCCAAAUUGAUUUGGCUUCUGAAUUGCAGUUAGCAUACAGUAGGAUAGCCGCAAGGGAGCUAUCUGAAAAUCCAAAUCUGUUCAGUUCUUGAAUUUGGGUAGUGAGAGUUCAAGUAGGGAGGGUUUGAGAAUUUGGGGAAUGAGGGAAACUUCUAUUUGUCAAUAAGAAAGGGAAGGUAUAGUAAGACAAAUGUAAUUGCAGAGCUCCUAGGGCCAUUGAGUCUGAGGGGACAGGAGUGGGUGUCACUCCAGCUGACCAGGGCUCCCUGUUGCCAGUUUCUGUUACCUGGGGUGAUGACAGCAGUGUCUGGAUUCAUCACUGAAGGGGAUCCUCUGUUUUAGAGCACAUCAUUUAAGAAGGAAAGGAAGUAGAGAUGUCAUUGCUGGGAGAGGUAUCCACUCAAAGGUGAAGUCUGCAAAGCUGCUUGAGGUUCUGAAUGCUAUGGAGGAGGAAGAGUCCAACAACAACAGGGAAGAGAUUUUCAUUGCACCUCCCGACAAUGCUGCAGGGGAAUUCACUGAUGAGGACUCAGGUGAUGAAGACAGCCAGCGAGGUGCUCAUCUACCUGGCAGUGUGCUGCAUGCUUCAGUCCUGUGUGAGGACUCUGGCACCGGGGAGGAUAAUGACGACCUGGAGCUGCAGCCGGCCAAGAAGAGGCAGAAAGCAGUUGUGAAACCUCAGCGCAUUUGGACCAAACGAGAUAUUCGUCCAGACUUUGGCAGUUGGACGGCAUCAGAUCCUCAUAUUGAGGAUCUGAAAAGCCAAGAGCUGAGUCCCGUGGGCCUUUUUGAGUUGUUUUUUGAUGAAGGAACAAUUAAUUUCAUUGUUAAUGAAACCAAUCGUUAUGCUUGGCAGAAAAAUGUCAAUCUGAGUCUUACAGCUCAGGAAUUGAAGUGUGUUUUGGGCAUUUUGAUUUUAAGUGGGUACAUCUCUUAUCCAAGGAGAAGGAUGUUCUGGGAAACCUCUCCUGAUUCACAUCAUCAUCUUGUGGCUGAUGCAAUUAGAAGGGACAGAUUUGAACUAAUCUUCUCAUACUUACAUUUUGCAGAUAACAACGAACUUGAUGCAAGUGAUAGGUUUGCCAAGGUCAGACCUCUCAUCAUCCGGAUGAACUGCAAUUUCCAGAAGCAUGCACCCUUGGAAGAGUUCUACAGCUUUGGCGAGUCUAUGUGUGAGUACUUUGGGCACCGGGGGUCCAAGCAGCUGCACAGGGGGAAGCCUGUGCGACUUGGCUACAAGAUUUGGUGUGGGACAACCAGCAGAGGCUACUUGGUGUGGUUUGAGCCCUCACAGGGCACAUUGUUUACCAAGCCAGACAGGAGCUUGGAUUUAGGAGGCAGUAUGGUAAUAAAAUUUGUGGAUGCGCUUCAGGAGCGUGGUUUUCUGCCAUAUCAUAUAUUUUUUGACAAGGUUUUCACAAGUGUUAAACUGAUGUCCAUUUUGAGGAAAAAGGGGGUGAAAGCCACAGGAACUGUUCGUGAGUACAGGACUGAGCGAUGUCCCCUAAAAGACCCCAAAGAACUGAAAAAAAUGAAGAGGGGUUCAUUUGAUUACAAAGUCGAUGAGAGUGAGGAGAUCAUUGUGUGCCGCUGGCAUGAUAGCAGCGUGGUCAACAUUUGCUCCAAUGCUGUGGGCAUAGAGCCAGUGAGGCUGACCAGUCGUCACUCUGGAGCAGCUAAAACGCGGACUCAGGUCCACCAGCCAUCACUGGUGAAGCUGUAUCAGGAGAAGGUGGGCGGUGUUGGUAGGAUGGAUCAGAAUAUUGCCAAGUACAAGGUGAAGAUCCGAGGCAUGAAGUGGUACUCAAGCUUUAUUGGCUAUGUCAUUGAUGCUGCCCUCAACAAUGCAUGGCAGCUGCAUAGAAUCUGCUGCCAAGAUGCCCAGGUGGAUCUCCUUGCCUUCCGGAGAUACAUUGCCUGUGUGUAUCUGGAGAGCAAUGCUGACACGACCUCUCAAGGGAGGCGAAGCAGGCGGUUGGAGACUGAGAGCCGCUUUGAUAUGAUUGGACACUGGAUUAUCCAUCAGGACAAGAGGACCAGGUGUGCCCUCUGCCACUCACAGACCAAUACCCGGUGUGAGAAGUGCCAGAAGGGUGUCCAUGCCAAGUGCUUCAGGGAGUACCACAUCCGGUGACAUCAUGAGACAUGCUUGUUUGGUUUAUAAUGAGAUGUUUACAGUUAAAUACAGAUAGCAGUUGAGCACUUCUGUUUUGUGUUGGAAAAAAGACCUGAAUUUCUGAUGACUUGAUUUUCUAUUUUCUCCCUACCCACAAUACAGUUAUCUUUUUUAUUGUAUUCUAUUAUGCCUACAUAUGAUAUAAAUUAAUAUUUAUAUUCAUUUAUAUUUAUAUUUUUGAACUUAUUUAUUUAAAGUUAUGGAUCACUUUUUAUUCAAAUAAAAGUUGUGCUUUGGGGUAUAUUUGAAUCCUAGCAAGAAUAAUCAAAGGAAAACUUGCAAGAACAGUAAGAAGACUACCAUUGCAUGCCAUGGUUUAUAAUCUAAGAUAGGCAAUAGUGUAUAAAUAUCAUGUAAAUGUGAUGGAUUUCUUAAUCAUAUAUGUAUUUCAUAUUAAUCCAAGGUUAUCAAACUUUCGAGGGAUAGAUAAUCUGCCUUGUAUUUAGUCAGAGGGCUAGAGGUGCAGAGUUCAUAUUUUCUUGAUGAAAAUAUUUUCCUAAUACACAUAUAUCCAUGUGGGAUUCAUUUUUGUAAAAUUAUUUUUUUAAUUUUUGUGGGUACAUAGUAGGUGUGUAUUUUUAUGGGUUACAUGAGAUAUUUUGAUACAGACAUGCAAUGUGUAGAAAUCACAUCAGGGUAAAUGGGGUAUCCAUCUUGUCAAACACUUGUCGUUUGUGUUUCAGACAAUCCAAUUAUACUGUUAUUUUAAAAUGUACAAUUAAAUUAUUUUUAACUAUA